UGCGUGCUACUGGCUGUUGUUUUUUGUAGGUUAGGAAUGAAGUUUUGUUGAUACUUGGUGUCUAUUAAUUUGUAAUUUACACUUUUUUAUUUAGUUAUCCAUUAUGUGGACAACCAAAACUUUUCUGACAAAAACAAAACGUGGAAAUAUUUUGAAAAUAGUCAGGGAACAUUAUCUUCGGGAUGACCUACUUUGUGGAUCGAGUGCUUGUAAUAUAUGCCCUCACAAAGAUGAAGAAUAUGUUUUAGACUCAAAACCAGACUCCGUUUGUGCACUAUUCGACUAUCCACACUACUUAUUACUGGAUACUAAUGUAGUCCUUCAUCAAAUUGAUGUCCUUGAAGAGGAUGCUUUGAAAAAUGUUAUCAUGCUACAAACGGUACUCGAGGAAGUCAAACAUCAAAAUACAGCAAUUUUUCAAAGAAUCCUUGAAGUCAUUAAUAAUAAAAAAAGAAAAUUUUAUUCUUUUGUUAAUGAACACCAUAAAGACACAUAUGUGGAGCGUAAUCCAGGUGAGAAGCAGAAUGAUAGAAAUGAUCGAGCUAUAAGAAAAGCUGCUAGUUGGUAUGCUUUACAUCUGUCAGUCAAUAAUGUUGCUGGUCAAUUUCCACAAAUAGUUCUUUUGACAGAUGAUGAAAACAAUAGGAAGAUUGCUCAAGAAGAAGGGAUUGUAUGUUGCUCAGUCAAAGAUUAUAUAGAAAAUGUGAAUGGCUUUGUUGGCCUCAUCGAUAAACUAUCAAAGAAUGUUAUACCAGAAACUUGUUCUAAAGAUGCCUUGUAUCCUGCCCAUUUUACUCCUACCCAAAUACAUACAGGUAUCAGGAAUGGCAAACUUUACCAGGGCACAUUCCAUGCUUCAAGGGAUAAUUUCCUUGAAGGUACUGUUUCUGUUAAUCGCUUUGAAAAACCUAUCCUUCUGCAGGGCCACAUUGGUAUUAAUAGAGCUGUUGAUGGAGAUCUCGUAGCAAUUGAGGUGUUUCCUGAAGAAGAAUGGAGAAAGCCAAGUGAUAUAGUACUUGAAGAUAAGGCUGAUGAUCCUGGUGAUCUCUUAGAAGAAGAAUCAGCGCUACUGAGUUCAGCUAAACCGCUAGACAGUAGCAAAGAUGAAAUAACACCUACUGGGAAAGUGGUAGGCAUUAUCAGAAGGAAAUGGAGACAGUAUUGUGGGAUAUUGAUGCCAAGUAAAUUUCCAGGUGCAACUCGUCACUUAUUCACACCGGCUGAAAAGCGAAUACCGCGCGUUCGUAUAGAAACACGACAGAGCGACGUACUCGCCUCACAGAGGAUUCUGGUCGCAUUAGAUUCCUGGCCUAGGAAUAGCAGAUACCCCCUGGGACACUUUGUUAGAGCCCUUGGACCCAUUGGUGACAAAGAUGCUGAAAAUGAAGUGAUACUGUUAGAACAUGAUGUGCCUCAUGCCAGAUUUAGUGAGGCGGUGUUGGCUUGCUUACCACCCAAUGAUUGGACAAUACCUGAAGAGGAGAUAAAGAAACGCGUUGAUCUCCGAUCCAUAUGCAUCUGCUCCGUGGACCCACCUGGUUGUACCGACAUAGACGAUGCAUUGCACGCUCGGCCAAUAGAUGGCGUUACUGCUGACGGCUUGAAGAAGUAUGAAGUGGGCGUCCAUAUUGCUGACGUCACGUAUUUUGUGCGUCCGAACACUGCGCUGGAUAAGGAAGCCGCUUCUAGGUCUACCACGGUUUAUCUGGUCGAUCGGAGGAUUGAUAUGGUACCAGAUUUGCUGAGUUCCAACUUGUGUUCGCUUCGAGGAGGAGAAGAGAGAUUAGCAUUUUCAUGCGUCUGGGAAAUUGACGAGAAUGCAAAUGUGCUGUCUACAAAGUUCCAUAAAAGCGUUAUAAAGUCGGCAGCGGCGAUGACUUAUGAAGAAGCACAAAUAACGAUUGACAAUAGUUCCCGAAAGGAUGAGAUAGCUAGAUCGUUGCGUACUUUGAAUGCGUUGGCUAAGAAACUUAAACAAAAGCGUUUGGACAACGGUGCCUUGUUACUUGCCUCGCCCGAAAUACGUUUUCAGGUUGAUUCCGAAACUCACGACCCUGUGGAGGUUCAAGCGAAGAAGAUAAUGGACACCAACUCCAUGGUUGAAGAGUUCAUGUUGCUAGCCAACGUUAGUGUGGCGGAGAAAUUGGCAGAAGAAUUCCCACAGUGUGCUCUAUUACGUCGCCAUCCAUCACCACCGCCUGCUAACUUCACUACAUUCCUUAAAGCAACCAGGCAACAGGGUUUCGAAAUCGACGUUUCAACCAACAAAUCGUUCUCCAAAUCGUUGGACGAGGCUGUGUUGCCGGGUCGGCCGUUCUUCAACACGAUGCUCCGCAUUAUGGCCACGCGUUGUAUGCAGCAAGCGGUGUACUUCUCUAGCGGGACUUUAUCGCAUCCCGAUUAUUAUCACUACGGACUCGCUUGUCCUAUUUACACGCACUUCACGUCGCCUAUACGACGUUACGCGGACGUGAUUGUCCAUCGCUUGCUAGCCGCUUGUAUCGGCGAGGACGUAACUCACGCAUCAUUAUUGGACACCAAACAAGCGGACUCCAUCUGCGACAACCUCAACUACAGGCAUAGGCAGGCGCAGUAUGCGGGAAGGGCCUCUGUAGCCCUCAAUACACACAUCCUCUUCAAGAAUCGUAUAGAAAUAGAGUCAGCUGUGGUGUUAUCAGUGAAGCGGAACGCAUUGCAAGUACUGAUUCCGAAGUAUGGACUCGAAGGACCACUGUACUUGCCAUCUGACAAAUUCACUUACAACGAAGAGGAACAUUAUCAGAUAUGCAGCGAUGUCACCCUGAAAACUUUUGAUGAGUUGACAGUUCGUUUAACCCUAGACAGCACCAAUCUACAGCACCGCAAGUUAGUUUUCCAGCUCGUCAAACCACACGUACCUGGAUUCAGUUAUGUACCGGAGGACAGUGGAAUGGAAGUAGAAUCAGUAGCAUCGGCCGAAGAGGUGAAAGAGACACCCAUAAAGAAGAGAAAAGAGACAAAACAAAGUAAACCUAAGAAGAAGUCUAAAAAUCAAUAAAUAGAUACA